UCAAAGACACGCGAGUUUUACGAUCAUGUCGGUGGUCAAGCUGUUGGCCGGUAUCGGCGCUUUCUUCAAAGUGCGUUACCUGCACGACAAGGCCGUCAUAGACAACACCGUGUUCCGUCUUCACUACCGUUUCACGAGUGCCUUCUUCUUCGCCGCCUGCGUGCUCACGACGGCCUUCAAUUUCUUCGGCAAUCCGAUCGAAUGCAUGACCGGAGAGCCGUUCUCCAGACCGGACGUGCUCAACACCUACUGCUGGCUGCACAGCACGUUCACGUUGGCCAAGCGAGAAGGCCAACGCGUUGGAAUCGAAUUCGCUCAUCCGGGAGUCGGCCCCGAGAAAGGCGACAGCGAACAUCUCUACCACAGUUAUUACCAAUGGGUGCCGUUCGUCCUGUUCCUGCAGGGCGUCCUCUUCUACCUGCCGCACUGGUUGUGGAAAAUGAACGAAGGCGGACGCGUCAGAAAGAUGACCGACAGCAGUCGGGGCGCCAGCAUCGGACAAGAUGGCGCACGCCACGAUCAUUGCACUUCCCUGUUCAACUACUUGGCGCAAACGAUGCGAUAUCAUCGCAGUCUGGUCUUCGCCUACGUUACGUGCGAGGUGCUCAACUUCGUCAACGUGGUGGGCAACAUCUACUUCAUCAAUCGGUUCCUGAAAGGCGCCUUCUUAACGUACGGCAUGCGUGUGGUUGAGCUGUCGAACGAAGACCAGGAGGACCGCGCCGAUCCCAUGGUCGAGGUCUUCCCGCGCAUGACCAAAUGCAAUUUCCACAUGUACGGCUCGUCGGGAACGAUCCAGAAGAUUGACGCCCUCUGCCUCCUCCCGCUCAACAUCGCCAACGAAAAGAUCUACAUCUUCCUCUGGUUCUGGCUCAUUAUCUUGUCAGUGAUUACCGGUUUAGCCCUGAUCUACCGAUUGGCCAUGUUUAUGUCCCCGAUGUUCCGCCUCUUUCUCAUCCGUCGCCUGGCAUCGCCAUCAAAGGCCUCGUCAGAGUCGGUCGUCUGGCGUGUCCCUGUCGGUGAUUACUUUCUCCUGCACAUGUUGGGCAAGAACCUGGAAGGCUUCCUGUUCAACCGAUUGAUGGACGACCUGGCUAAGCACCUGACCAGUAACCCCAACGAGAUGGACGAACGACGACGUGUCCCGUUCACACGCCAGACGUCCAAGUUGUCCGAGCUGAUGUCGUCGGUUGGCAGACGCGCUUCGUUCAGGGCUGAACCGAAAGCGAUCUACGUGCCAAUGGAAGAACCAUCCAUUACGAAAUCACAAACCAUUGAUUAAGUCAUUUACUGUUUUUUUUCCUAUU